AAGGGAUGUAGCCGAGGGCGGCUUUUCGGGCCGUGAGAUCGUAGGUGUUGAAAACUGAAGACCAAGUGUGCAGAUCCAGGAAAAACAGAUAAUGGUGCAUUGGACGGAAGGCUUAUCGGACUAACAUGGAGAAUCAUAUGCAGACGAUCUAUCUACAGGGAGCGCAGAGGAAGAUCGUCGAAUUGAUGGGGAACUUGUGUGCAUCGAACCAAUCGAUGUUCUCGGUGUGUGCCUCUGCUCCAUUGUUCGUAUUCCAGCUCGACUCUAGCGAAUCGUACCAAAGUACGCGUGGCAGCAGCCACUCAGAUAUUACACCAGUGGCAUAGUUUACCACGCACUGGUCCUUGGAAACUAGCAUAUGUACCAACAAGUCAUCAGUUUAGGUACAGCAUAAAGCCUAUCAUCUUUUCCAAGAUUAGUCAUCCAGU